AUGCUGUUGCAGUUGUGUUUGAGUCUGGUGGUCUCUAGUGGCUCCUGUACCUGCAAACCUCUCAAUAAUGAAAUCCAAAGCGACAACCCUGAGGGAUUUUACUCUCAGCUGUCGGAGGGGGAAGACACUGACUUGAAGAUGGAGAACCUCCUCGGAACCAUGAAGGAGGGAUUUUUGAGGAAACUCAACCUGUCGGAUGUUCCUCAGGAGCACAGCAAGAUCGACCCUCCUCAGUUCAUGAUGGAGCUGUACAAUAAGUAUGCCUCGGACAGCUCGGCUAUCCCUCAGUCUGAUGUCAUACGAAGUUUCACUGUCCAGGAUAUCACACUCUUGUUGACAAAUGGCACAAAGUCAAAAUACAGGCUGCAGUUCAAUGACACCAUACCCAACCACGAAAAGAUCACUGCUGCUGAACUACAGCUUUUCUUCUUCCCGGAUGCCAGGUCAAGGUUGACCUUCAACAGUUUUACGGCCACUGUCAAAGUCUAUGAAGUGGAAGAGAAUGAUUUUACAUCCAGGACUCAACUACUGGUUGGCAAAGAGGUUACAGGCUUGCAGAGUAUGUGGACGACGUUUGAUGUGACAGCAGCUAUUCAGAGCUGGAUCAAGUCAGGCAAUGGAGCCACUGUUAUUGAUGUAUUGGUGGACAGGAAGAGCUGUUGGGCUUCUGGUAUUGGAGAGGAAGAAGCAGGCUGUUUAAAUAUGAGCGUGUCUGUUGGAGACAACACUUCAGCAGCUUUGAUCGUUUUCUCAGAUGACCUGGGUAGCAGGAGGAGGGAGAAAAAGAAGGAGCUUAAAGAGAUGAUCCUCCAUGAAGAAGAAACCAUCUUACACUCAGGCAAUGACUGGCAUAGAGGGGAGCAACUUCCAAAUGCGAUCUUGGAUGCUCAGCUUCCACGGAGAAACAAGAGAAAGGCAGAGAGGGAGUACUGCCGGCGGACCUCGCUCAGGGUCAACUUUAAAGACAUUGGCUGGGACAGUUGGAUUGUGGCGCCUCCAGAAUAUGACGCCUUCGAAUGUAGAGGGCUGUGCUACCACCCACUAACGGACGAAUCAACCCCAUCCAAACAUGCCCUUAUCCAGACAUUGAUCAACAUUAGGGACCCCAAGAAGGCCAACAUGGCGUGCUGUGUCCCCAUCAAACUGGAUCCCAUCACAGUCAUGUAUCAGGAGAAUGGACGUCUUACUAUAAGAUACCUGUAUGAGGAGAUGAAGGUGGCAGAGUGUGGCUGCAGGUAG